GUUGACAGAAUUCAAGGGGACCCAACGUGGACCAAUCACGUAAGGACAAAUUGUCGAAAACGUUGAACUUCUAUGAGCUCGCCUAGCGGUUUCUGAUGAUUUCGUUUCCUCGCAAUUAAUUCAUCGCCAACGCAACGUGGACUGCUCAAAACAUUCCACAACUCGCACCUGCGUCAACUGUUUUAUUCUUGCUGAGGCUGUUUUAUAAUUGAAAAUGGAGCUGCAAGUGGUUUUUCUUGUGCUCCUCGUAUCGGUGGCCAGUAUCAGCGCGCUCAAAGCCGGAGAAUGUGAGGUUUGCAUUAAAACUCUGGACAAGUUUGCUGCCACAUUAGAGGAAAGUGAGAAAACAGAUCCCAAAAAGAUUGAAACUGCAUUUAAAGAGUUCUGCAAGAAAGUAAAAGAUAAAGAGAACAGAUUUUGUUAUUACCUUGGAGGGUUAGAAACAUCAGCUACAGGUAUUCUUGGUGAGAUGUCCAAGCCUUUGUCAUGGUCCAUGCCUUCAGAUAAGAUUUGUGAGAAGCUGAAGAAGAAGGACGCGCAAAUUUGCGAUUUGCGUUAUGAUGUGCAGAUUGAUUUGAAAACCGUGGACCUGAAGAAGCUCAAAGUGAGAGACCUGAAGCGGAUUAUCAACGACUGGGGCGAGGAUUGCACCGGCUGCAUUGAGAAGUCGGAGUUCAUCAGUAGAAUAGAAGAAUUGAAAGUAGUGCAUUCUGAACUGUAAUCUAGGAUAAUUGUAACAAAUUUCUAUAGUUGUAACUUAAAUUGAAUUGUCGCGUCGCGUUGGCACCCGGUUGAGAUUUUGAGUGUAAGUUGAAGACUGUAAUUGUUAGUUUCUGUGCGUUUUUCAUAUCAGUGUUGAUUUCGAAAUUAUUAUCACGCAUAUCUUGUCUUGUAUUGUUUCAUUCUGGAAUGGCAAUAUAUUUUCGUAAUUGAGAA